AUGCUUAAUGUCGAAGAGCCCGAAGCCGAGCACGAGAAUAUUGCCUGUAGAUUUGCGAAGGCUCGAGCUCCAAAACACCGGACCUGCGCUGUACGAGGCUUGAGUGCAUGGGGAGAAAUUGUCGGAGCGAAGGAGCUGUCGGAGCGUUUCCGGCAGGCCCAGUUCGACGCUUUGCCUGCCAAACAUAGCGUGCUGAUCAACAAGGGGAUUGCUGGAUUAAGGAUUGAAGCAGUUGAGAUCGGGAGAAAGAAGAAAUUCUCCCGUUCGUGCCACUGA